AUGGGAGGCCGGACUCCUCAUCAUUCCCCCAUGUGCUUAGUGGAUAAUCGGCAGCUGCAGCAGUUGGGUUUGGAGGGGGUUGGGGAGGGGACAGGUGGGGCAUUGGCAGGCCAAUCUGGUCGGUCGAAGGAAAACGGGAAAGGGAACAUUCUCUGCACCAUCCUGUCGAGCACCUGCUGCAGUAGGAGGGGAUGCGUCACGCUUCACUUCAAGCUCGCCCUCAUGAUCACCCUCACCCUCGCCAACCCUGCCGCAACGCUCGCCGUCACGCUUGCUGUAACGCUCGCCGUCACGAUCGCCGUCACGCUUGCUGUAACGCUCGCCGUCACGAUCGCCGUCACGCUUGCUGUAACGCUCGCCGUCACGAUCGCCGUCACGCUUGCUGUAACGCUCGCCGUCACGAUCGCCGUCACGCUUGCUGUAACGCUCUCCGUCACGAUCGCCGUCACGCUCGCUGUCACGAUCGCCGUCACACUCGCCGCCCCGCUCGCCGUCACGCUCAUGCCCUUUCACUUACAAGUGAUCCUCGUCGUCUACAGCUUCAUGCUGUCGUGUUGCCCCGGUCGCCUGUUGUUUCCCUCUUUUCCCUUUCUUGGCACCGCGUUUAGCUACAACACAUAA